AUAAGCCAGUCUAUAUAUAUGAAAAGGAAAAAAAAGAAAAAGGGAAAGAGAGAACAACGAAGGAGAAAGAGAAACGAAAACACAGCGAAAAACAGUGAGACAAAGGAUUCAGAAAAACACAGAGAGAGAGAGAGAGAGACAACUCAUUACCUUCAAACAUAAUGCAGGAGUUGCCAUCAACCACCACAACCAUACUCCUUUUCGGAGUCUGCCAUCACUGAACUUCCCUUUCCACCUCUUUUCCAUUGUCCGACGGACCGCCGAAAUGCCGUCGCAUGCGGCGUUUCAAUUGGUUUUCUCCAGGAUUUCAUCUCCAACAUAGUUCUGUUUAACAAAAAAUAAAGGGGAAAAACUUUCUUUCUUUUCUUUUUGUAUUCAAAUCUGGAAGAAUAUAUUGUGGCCGUCCGAUUCUAUUCUCGACAAUGGCGAUGAAAGCAUGGAUGGUGGUAGAAAAAGGAAGGAGGAUCGUACGGACGGCGAUUUUCAUGGUGGCUAUGUUAGCGUCGCUUAUAGGAUCGUCUCUGCCGUUGCUGGUGGCGUUAGGCGACAUCAUGGUCCCUUUCCUUUUACUCUCAAGCUUCACGUGCGUCACCUGCUACAGUUUCAACCAACACUUUCGUCUUUACGCUUUCAAAAACUCCUUAAUCGAUAUCCCUCUCGUUUCCAUCCUCAGAUCUAUCAUCAUCACUUGUGUAUAUUCGAUGUGUGAUGGCCCAGCAUUAUCCCAUGGACCUUAUGCAGGAACGGUUACUUUAUGCGCAUUUGUUUCGAUUAUUCUACUUUCAAUUAAGGCGUGUGUUUUUACGGUGAAUUCUCGAAUAGAGGCAGAGGCAUCCUCGUCGGCUUAUUCGUUGACAAGCCAAAGGCUUCAUUGGAAGAAAUCGUGGGGAAUGCCUGUUUUAUUUCUUUCAUCAGUAGUUUUCGCACUUGGUCACACUGUAAUUGCUUAUAGAACAAGUUGCAGAGCAAGGAGAAAGCUUUUGUUUCAUCGAGUUGACCCUGAAGCUGUUCUUUCUUGCAAGAAUGUUUUCUCUGGCUUCCAGAAGGUUCCACGGUCUCCCACUCCCUCUGCAGGGAAAACUCCAAAAAGUGAUAGUGAAACAAGGCGAAAGCCUUUUGGGCAACCUCAUGAUGAACGGGAACUCCCUGCUAGAUUACUUGCUGACAUCGAUAGCUUAUUCAUUGCACUGCAAGGGCUUACCAUUCAUUACAAGCUUUCCUUUCCUGGUUCACCCCCUAGGUCUUUGUCAUCUACUACCUUUCUUGAACCUAAAGUUACUUGCACACCGCAAGUGGCUACCGGAAAGCUAAAGCUUGAUAGGCAAGCACUAAGCUUGUCAAUAAAAACGCAAUCUCACCAUCUUCAGAGGAGCUAUAGCAAUCAAUUUCACAGCUCUUCUCUUUAUGCUCCACUGUUGGAUGGUUCCCCAAAUUCUCCUGUUCGUUCUGAAGAUAUUCCUGUUUUCAGGCUUGACGACUCAGUUGCACAGGUUGAGACAAGUCAUUUGAACUCUGGCACUCUACAACAAUAUAUAGAGGCAAGUGGUGAGCUUGGUAUCAUUUUAGUGCAUGGUUUUGGAGGGGGAGUCUUUUCUUGGAGGCAUGUAAUGGGAGUGCUUGCUCGCCAGGUUGGUUGUUCAGUUGCCGCUUUUGAUCGGCCUGGUUGGGGAUUGACUUCUAGGCCUAGCCGGAAGGACUGGGAGGGAAAAGAGUUGCCCAAUCCGUACAAGCUUGAAACUCAGGUUGACUUGCUUCUUUCCUUUUGCUCUGAGAUGGGGUUUUCUUCAGUAGUGCUUGUUGGCCAUGAUGAUGGAGGCCUGCUUGCUUUGAAGGCUGCACAAAAAGUCCAAACUUCAAUGAAUUCGUUCAAUAUUACAAUCAAAGCAGUGGUUUUGCUAAACGUUAGCUUGUCAAGAGAAGUUGUUCCCGCCUUUGCAAGGAUACUCUUGCGCACUUCACUUGGGAAGAAGCACUUGGUUCGUCCGCUUCUGCGAACAGAAAUCACACAAGUGGUGAAUAGACGUGCAUGGUAUGAUGCAACCAAGUUAACAACGGAAGUUUUGAGCCUCUACAAGGCCCCACUUUGUGUAGAAGGUUGGGAUGAAGCACUUCAUGAGAUAAGCAGGUUGUCAUCUGAAACAAUCCUUUCACCACAAAAUGCAACAUCACUGCUAAAAGCUAUUGAAGAGAUGCCGGUAUUAGUCAUUGCUGGUGCUGAAGAUGCCCAUAUUUCUCUUAAAUCUUGCCAGGCCUUGGCUUCAAAACUUGUAAAUUCUAGACUGGUUGCAAUAUCUGGAUGUGGCCAUCUACCACACGAGGAGUGCCCCAAGGCAUUGCUUGCAGCCAUCUCACCUUUCAUACACAGAUUGCUACAUAAACCAGAAUAGCAAAGUCAGUAGGACACCUCUUUUUUUAACUUGCAUUACCAUCGGUCUUAUCUCUUUCUUUGGGCUUUCUAUCUUUUUUCUGUAUUUUUGUUUUUCCCUUUUCUUUUCAAGCAGUCUUUCCCCAAAGGAUGAGAUAAAUCAGACCCUCUUCUUUUGGGUAAUUUUGAUGUGUUCUGAGACUCACCCUAACCCUAAUUCUCUGGGGUGCUUGUAGAGCCUGUAUUUUUUUUAAAUUUUUUUUUAUACUGAUGUUUGUUUUAACAGUCCUAGGUAUCUGAGUGGCAAAAUGGCAUAUAAUUGUACAUUUAUGGAAAUUGAUUAUGAAUGGCAUUUGAGCAUUGUGUCAAAA